CCACUGCAAAAAAUUCCUCUCCUCAGUUCCUCAGCUUCUCACCCACCCCGGCCCGGCAGCCAAUCUGUCAUCCAUCACGUCGCGUGCCGUGCGUCACCCCCUCCCUUCGCCUCGCUUCAAAAAUCCCUCCGUUGGCGCCCAAGUACCAAACCCUAGCCUCGUCCGGGCCCGCCCCCUCUGGCCGGCCGGGCGGAACAUGCGAAUGCGGCCAUGGCGACCGGGGCCGAUCUGACCUCCCCAACCGGCGCCGCUGCGGCAGCGGCCGCCGCCAGGAAGGACCGCCACAUCGUCAGUUGGAGCUCCGAGGAGGAUGGCGUGCUUCGUGCUCAAAUCGCUCUUCAUGGCACUGAUAACUGGACAAUUAUAGCGGCACAAUUCAAGGACAAGACGGCCAGACAGUGCAGGAGAAGAUGGUACAAUUAUUUGAACUCAGAGUGCAAGAAAGGUGGGUGGUCCAGGGAAGAGGAUAUGCUUUUGUGUGAGGCUCAAAAAGUUCUUGGAAACAAGUGGACUGAAAUUGCAAAAGUUGUUUCAGGAAGAACAGACAAUGCAGUGAAGAACCGGUUUUCUACUCUAUGCAAAAGGAGGGCUAAGGAUGACGAGCUAUACCAAGAAAAUGGUGUGCCAUGUUCCAACACAAAUGCAAAGAAGGUUCUCACUGAAACAGGACGCCUCACACCAGGCGGAGCUGGCUCUUUGGUACAUAUUAAGCAGACGAGUUAUAAUUUGAAGGAGAACCUUGUACCAAAUAUGAAAUUAUUUGAACUAGAGAAGAGCACACAAGAUGCCAGGCAACCUCUUGCUACCAUUUCUUCGAACAACCAAGAUAACGUGAAUACAGUUAAAUCUCAAAAUCUUGUCCCAACCACAAAACAAUUGUUAGGUCCAGAACAACAUUGUGUGAAGCGGGAGGGUAAUUUUCUGAAGAAGGAUGACCCAAAAGUUGCUACUUUAUUACAGCAAUCUGACUUUCUUUGCUCCCUUGCAACAAAAAUCAAAAGUGACAAUACAAGUAAAAGCAUGGAUGAAGCAUGGCAGCAACUGCAAGAUCAUUUAGUGAAAAAAGAGCACAACAAAGUGCCAGAAAACAGUGGGUCUGAAAUAGCUUCACUUUUAGAGGAGCUUGAUGAUUUAAUUGUAGACCCCUAUGAGAGGAAAGAUGAAGAUGAACAGAAGCUAAGCGAGCACAAUGGACGGACCGAUGUGGACAAUGAUCACUGUAACGGUUCUUCACAAACUAGCAUAGUAGUAACGACAAAUAUGGUCCCAGAGGAAAUGAUGGGAGAUUGUCCAGUCGAUAACUGCAAUGAGGAUAGUAGUCUUUGUAGAAAAGUGCUUUCUGGAAGUACAGAACCUUGCCCAGGUGCAAAAAUGACAGGAUGUGGGAAUUUGAGCGAAGACCAGGUUGCUGAAGGUAGUGUGCUUCAACGUGUAGAAUCUAUAUCUCCUGUUAUAACAGAUAUUGAUGAUUUACUCGUAGACCCGUAUGAGAGUGAAGCGGAAGAUGAAGAAAAGUCAGGGGAGCAGAAUGGACAGAUUGAUGUGCAUGCUGAGCAGUGUUUUGGUUCUUCUCAAACUAUCAUAGAAGUGAUAUCAGACAUGGCCCCUGAUGAAGUCAUGGAAACUUGUUCAGCAGAUAACCGCGAAGAACAUAGUAGCAUUUGCCGAAAUGUGCUUUCUGGAAGUAUGGCACCUUGCCCAGGUGCAGAAAUACCAACAUCUGAAAAAAUGAGUGAACUUGCUGAAGAUAGCAGACUUCAAUGUAUGGAGUUUGCAUCUCCCGUUCUGGCAAAUUUUGCGAGCAAGGAAUGUGGAGAAACACCAGAACCACAAGUUCUUAAUGAGAUUGUUGAAGAUAGCAGGCUUCAAUGUAUUGAAUUCAACUCCCCGGCUCACACAAUUCUCCCAGAUAAAACAGGCGCCGAAAACUUUGCAUCCCCAAGUUUUGAUGUGGUUGCAAAAGAUAGUAAGCCUCCGUCUUUGGAAUUCACAUCCCCUGCUCAUACAGUUGCAACAUUCCAACCGUAUGCAGACGGCAUCCCUACCCCAAAAUUCACUGCUAGUGAGAGGAGUUUUCUGCUGUCAGUUUUAGAGCUGACCUCACCAGGGUCAAGGCCUGAAACUUCUCAGCAGCCAUCUUGCAAAAGGGCUCUUCUUAAUAGCCUUUGAAAUGGGUUUGCAUAAAAUCCCAACACCAAGCCUGCUAUGCCCCUCAGCAUAAUUUGGCUACUCCUAUAUGCAUGAAGUGUGCCUACCCUCAAAGGGUUUCAUAGUAUGUUUUGUUUGUUGUAUAGAAUGAUGCAUUGGUGUAGUUGUAUUAGCAUACAGGAACGAAAGGGUGAUGGUGUAAGUGUUUACAGCUUGUGUUCAAAAUAUAGAAAAAGUAAUAUUCUUUGUGUAAUUAACUCUUGUAAUUCUUCCCAUGGGUGCGAGUUAUUAGAUUGUUGCGUAGUGUGAUGUAAUGGCUUUCCUUUGUUGAGCUUUUGGUAUGGAAGAACCGACUGCAGGCUAUGGCUGUAUGCUUUAUUGAUUUGUAUGGUUGGAACUUGGAAACAUGAUAUUCGGUUGAUAGACUGCGUUCUCUGCAGCUGAUCCGGCACUAAGUUUGGUGUCCAUUUUCAGAAUAAAAUUCAUGUAUUUCCCA